AUGGAAGGGCAUACUGAAAUGGAGGUGCUGAGGACACUGAAAGGGCCUUCCACAGGGGAGGUCAGCGUGCAUCUGGUGGCCAGAGAGAGCUCAGGUUCCGGUCCUCACCUCCCCGCAACUGCCUUCAUCAUUCCAGCCAGCUCCGCCACCCUUGGCCUGCCCAGCAGUGCCUUGGAUGUGUCCUGCUUCCCCCGGGAGUCCAUCCAUGUAGGCGCCCUGGAGCGGGUGGUCGGCAGUGAACCAAUCACAGCCACUGUUCUGCCACAGCUAAGCGCCGGGGCAGCAGCGAAUUCUAGUACCAGCACCGUCCAGCUGCUGGAGUGGACAGAAGCCGUGGCUUCGCCCCCUGGGAGUGGCCUGCGGUUUCGGAUAAGCGAGUAUGCGCCGCUAAACAUGGUGGGAGUGGAGCAACCACGGAGUCCAGAGCUGCGGCAGGAAGGCGUGGCUGAACAGGAGGACAGCGGGGGCCCGGAGGGAGGUGGCGAUGCGGGCACCCAACAGCCCGGGGACCUCCCSGAGGACUCUCCAGAAGAGCUCUCUCAGGAUCCCCCAGAGGACGAUAGCGCCUGUCGGUGCCAGGCCUGUGGGCCUUCUCAAGGCACMGGUCCAGAGUUUCUUUGCUCGAAUGCCGGCCCCUCUCAGCUGUUCCAGGAGCGGUCUGUCAUCGUGGAGAAUUCCUCAAGUAGUGCCAGUGCUUCAGAGCUCCUCAAACCCAUGAAGAAACGAAAGCGCAGGGAAUAUCAGAGCCUAUCAGAGGAGUCUGAGCCAGAGGCCAUGGAGAAGCAAGAAAGAAAGGAUCCAGAGGGUCCACCCGCUACCAGAACUGCAGAGAGUGAGGAUUGGAGCAGCAGCCAGCCUGCACCAGGUGAGAAGAAGGAGGGCUGGUCGUGGGAGUCCUACCUGGAGGAGCAGAAGGCCAUCACUGCCCCCGUCAGCCUCUUCCAGGACUCCCAGGCCGUCACUCAUAACAAGAAUGGCUUCAAAUUGGGCAUGAAGCUAGAAGGCAUCGACCCUCAGCACCCAUCCAUGUACUUCAUCCUCACGGUGGCCGAGGUGUGUGGCUACCGCCUGCGUCUGCACUUCGAUGGGUAUUCUGAGUGCCAUGACUUCUGGGUCAAUGCCAACUCCCCUGACAUUCACCCCGCUGGCUGGUUUGAGAAGACUGGACACAAGCUGCAGCCUCCCAAAGGUUACAAAGAGGAGGAGUUCAGCUGGAGCCAGUACCUGCGCAGCACCAGAGCCCAGGCGGCCCCCAAGCACCUGUUUGUGAGCCAGAGCCACAGUCCCCCACCCCUGGGCUUCCAGGUGGGCAUGAAGCUGGAGGCUGUUGAUCGCAUGAACCCAUCUCUCGUCUGCGUGGCCAGUGUGACUGACGUGGUGGACAGCCGCUUUCUGGUGCACUUUGACAACUGGGAUGAUACUUAUGACUACUGGUGUGAUCCCACCAGUCCCUACAUCCACCCAGUAGGCUGGUGCCAGAAGCAAGGGAAGCCCCUCACCCCUCCACAAGACUACCCAGACCCUGACAGCUUCUGCUGGGAGAAAUAUCUAGAAGAAACUGGGACCUCUGCUGUGCCCUCCUGGGCCUUCAAAGUGCGACCUCCUCACAGCUUCCUGGUCAACAUGAAGCUGGAGGCUGUGGACCGCAGGAACCCAGCCCUGAUUCGUGUGGCCAGCGUAGAGGAUGUGGAGGACCAUCGCAUAAAGCUCCACUUUGAUGGUUGGAGUCACGGCUAUGACUUCUGGAUUGAUGCGGACCACCCAGACAUCCACCCCGCGGGCUGGUGCUCCAAGACAGGACAUCCCCUGGAGCCUCCUCUCCGGCCCAGAGAGCCCAGCUCCGCCUCCCCUGGGAGCUGCCCUCCUCUCAACUACAGGAGUCUGUCCCACACUAGGACCUCCAAAUACAGCUUUCACCACCGGAAGUGCCCCACUCCUGGCUGUGAUGGCUCUGGCCACGUAACUGGCAAGUUCACAGCUCACCAUUGCCUCUCGGGCUGCCCACUGGCUGAGAGGAACCAGAGUCGCCUGAAAGCAGAGCUGUCUGACACGGAGGCCUCAGCACGGAAAAAGAACGUCUCCAGUUUGUCCCCAAGGAAGAAGCCUCGCCAUCACGGCCGGAUUGGACGCCCUCCAAAGUAUCGGAAGAUGCCACAGGAAGAUUUCCAGACACUCACCCCCGAUGUCGUGCACCAGUCCCUCUUCAUGUCGGCCCUGUCGGCCCACCCGGACCGCUCGCUCUCCAUGUGCUGGGAGCAGCACUGCAAGCUCCUGCCUGGAGUGGCGGGCAUCUCGGCCUCCACGGUCUCCAAGUGGACCAUCGAGGAGGUCUUUGGCUUCGUUCAGACUCUGACAGGUUGUGAGGACCAAGCACGCCUCUUCAAAGAUGAGAUGAUUGACGGCGAGGCCUUCCUUUUGCUGACACAGGCGGACAUUGUGAAGAUCAUGAGCGUCAAGCUGGGCCCAGCCUUGAAGAUCUAUAACGCCAUUCUCAUGUUCAAAAAUGCUGAUGACACCUUAAAGUGA